AAAGAGCACUGCCCAUAAACAGCAACAGCUGAGAAUGGCAGCAGCCAAUAUGAAAUAUCUGAAAAGAAAAUCAAGAAGAAAAACUGCAGCAGUCAAUUUCUUAUCUAAUAUUUCUUUAGAUGGGACCCACAAAGACACUAAAUAUGCCAUGUUCAAUAGGAAACACCAUAGACUGAAAGAGGAGUCCGAGUGUGAGCUUGAAAUUAGUGAAGACGUGGAGGCCGAACGUCUCAUCACCGAUCAAAUAAAAUGUGUUUCUCAAAAGAAGCCAGGAAGUGAUACAGUCAUCAAAUAUAGAAAACAAUCUAUGGAUUCUGUUAAUGUGAAUAUAUUUUUGGAAAAUCAGGGACUAAUUACACCCAAAAAAUUGUUUAGGACAUCUUCAGCUACUAUAGAUAGAGAGAAGAACCCAAGAAAAAAGCUAUCAUCUUUAUAUGGAGAUUCAUCUUUAAUCAGAGAAAAUUUACAAGGGGACCAAUCAACAAGAAUUGCAGGAAACUAUGUUAUAAAAUCACAGAAUAAAAGGCCUGUUAAUUUCUUUGAUGUUAGAAGUAAGAGAAAGAUUGGCGAAGAAAGGGUAAUCAUUGUAUCCAAGAACAGAGCUCCAAUGGUUAUAUGUUCCACCUUACCAUAUGAUCGAAGAGUUGAAAAUGAGGAGAUCAAAUCAACACGACACAGAAAUAUGUCUGGAACAUCCCACGAAGGACUGUUGUAUCUAGGUCUUCAUGCUAUUGGACUUGUAGAAGAUGGUCAAGAUGUGUCAUACAUUGAACUGUUAGUUCCCUCCCAUGGAAGGCAUUUACACAGAGCAAUGUCAGAGAGAGCACCAUUAAAUAGUGAACAUACUCUCACACUAAUGCAAGGCCGAGAUCUUCAUAGAAGUCAUUCUUACGACCCAAAUCUACUCUUACACAGACCAUCAGCUGUACCUGGUCUAGAGAAAGUUGUAGAAGAAGGAACAGGUCACCAGUACGAUCCUAAAUUCUUAGAUGAUCCAGAGUUACAGUCUGGUAGCUACAGGAAAUUAUUGACCUUCACUUCUUAUAUGACAUCUGUCAUAGAUUAUGUGAAGCCAUCUUCUCUGAAGAAAGAAGUAAAUGAGAAGUUCAAAGUAAAGAAUCCACAUAUUCAACUGACUCUUACAAAACUAAGAAGUUUAAAGAAAGAACUGAAAGUCAUAACACACACCAAGAGCAAUGUUGACCUAUGGGUUGUAGCUGUAGCCUAUGUGUAUUUUGAAAAGCUAAUUUUAAAGUUGUUGAUAAAUAAACAGAACAGAAAGUUAUGUGCUGGAGCAUGUCUGAUUCUGUCUGCUAAGUUAAACGAUGUAAAAGGACCAGAGCUAACUAAACUUAUUGAGCAAGUGGAAGAUGACUUUAGAUUACAUAGGAAGGAGUUGUUGACAUUUGAAUUUGCUUGUUUGGUGGCUUUGGAGUUUUCACUACAUCUGUCUGACAAUGAGAUUUAUCCACACUAUCAGAGAUUAUUGUUCCAGUCAUAACAGGGAUACAGGUCAAGAUUACUCAUCCAAUCAAAUCAAUGCACUGAUCAAGAUUACUUACUGGUUUUAAUUGUAGUAGGAAUACAGACUACCCACCAAUUUCAAUCAUGGCUAGGGCAACAUUACAUACAGAUUUAUUUAUCUAAGCAUUUAAAAGAUUGUCAUAGUUUCCUUUAACUUAAUUUAUCAUUUAUUUGUUUGUAAUACAUUUAGAAGUUAUGUGUUUAACCAGGUAUUUAGUAGUUAUUAUUUAUUUUAACGAUUUUGUUAUUUAUAAGAGUGAUGACCAAAAUGAGAGCUAGAACAGUAGUCAUAUUCAAUUUAUUAUACCUGGUUACUUUUGGUCAUUAUUAUUCUGGGAUACCAUUUUGUUGUGGCGUUCCUGGAUGAAAGGGAACCACAAAUUUAAAUUUUAAAGGGAAGUAAAAAAAUUGCUUGUAUGCAGACUUCAGCAAUACAUCAAAAUUAAAUUGAUUUAAGGUUCUGGCUGUGUAAAUUUUUGGUUUCACUACUCAAAUAAGUUGUCGGGGAAAUUUUCAAAGGGAUUAAACUUGUGCAUCACCUAAACCUUAUUGUAUACAUGUAGGCAAGACAUAAAACAUACUGGUUCUUCAUUAAUAAUCAGUGUCUUUUUGUUCUGCUUUAAGAUAUAGUGUAUGCAUUUAAAUAUUUUCACUGUUGAUCAUUAAUGAAGGUCAAACAAGAGAACUUUUUUAUACAAGACAUGCCCAUUAUUGACAACUUGAUGGUGACCUUAACAAUUUUCCAUUCCAAUUGUUAACUUUCUUUCUUUGAUGGCAAUGUACUUACUGUUUGACCCUUUUCAUGGAGUGCACCUUCUCAAUAUAUUUUACAGCAAGGAUAAAGAUGUUAUAUAUUGGCCAAACCUUUUUUAAUUUUGAUAAAAUUAUUGAUAAAGUUUGAUAAGUAUUUUUCAAUCACAAUAUCUAGAAUUUUUUGGAUUAACAUAAAUUCACUAGUUCAUUCUUUUUGUAGUUUAAAGAAAUACUUUUAAAAAUAUUUCUUCAUUGAAUUUUCUGUGGAUUGCACUUGCACUGUUUAUGACAUUGUUGCCUGAAAUCUUCUAUGAAGAUUAACUAAGUACUGUGUUUCAUUUCAGUAGGUUCCUAUGGUAUGGUACCAGUAUUCCAUGUAUAUUGUAUAUACUUAUUUUUUGUUAUCUAUUAUACUGUUAUUUAGUAUAUUAGUAAAGUGCUUUUCCUGGACUGUUUUUAUUGUAUGUAUUUUAUAUACCUUCUAUUAGUUCACUAAUUCAGUUUUAAUAGGGGAGGUUUUGUGAUCUAACCUACUGGUUUGAUGAAAAAACUAUUUCUUUGCCCUCCUUACUCAUUUGAAUGGUUCAAAUUCCUAGGUAUGGUAAAUUGUUUGCUAUGCUAUUAUAUAAAAAAAAUGCAGCAAUAAAAGAAGGUUACUUAAUAUCAUUAUUAAAUAUGUAUUUUUCAGCUCCCUCUGAUUGUUUAUAUUGUUUUAUUAUUUUACAUGUAGAUAGAAAAAGAUAUCUUUUACAUGAUAAACUACUGAUAGUUCAUAUCAAAUCUGUUAUACUCAUUUUUGUAAAAUUGUUGAUCUCAGUGCUUAUAAUGCAUUUGUUAUAAAUAAAUAUACAAUAAAUGUUGGUUCAAUCAAAGAUAUAAUCAGAAUUGUAUGUUGGUGGUAUUUUAUUUGGAUAUUCAUUCGAUAACUUUUUAAAGUAGCAUUUCAAUUUGAUAUAAACAUAGUCACUUUUCAUAAUAAUUCAGUCAUACACAUUAUAUUAUAGUAAUACCAUGAUUUUGUAAGGCUCCCAUUCAUAACUUUUAAAAGGGGAUUCUAGGAGGUACCACUUGUACUAGUGCUUGUAGCAAGCUAUAAAACCAGGUUUAAUACACCAUUUUCUACAAGAGAAAAUGCCUGUACCAAGUAAGGAAUAUGACAGCUGUUAUCCAUUUGUUUAAUGUUUUUGAUCUUUUGAUUUUGCCAUUUGAUUAGGGACUUUCCGUUUUGAAUAUUCCUUGGAGUUUAGUAGAUGUAGUGAAUGUAUUAUGCAUAGGUGGAAAUAAGUACUAUCAUCUUGACAUGGCAAGCCUAAUCAAAAUUACCUUGCCCACUAAGCUUAAUAAGAUUCUUGUAUUGAAGGGCACAGGUUUAUUUUUAAUGCCAUGUUCCCAGUUCGAAUAAUGUCGUAUCUCUACCAUGUGCACAUAUAUAUUUGUUGAUGUUACUCUCAUUUGUAAAUAUUUGUUUCAUUUUCCUUGAUGGAAAUUUCUUGUCUUAUAAAGCAGCCAGGACUAUGUGUUAUGUAGACAUUCCCAACAGAGAUUAGUUGAAAUAUAUUGCUAGGAUUUUUUCUCCAUUUGCUAUGCUCCAGUGACUUUUUUAAUGUUUCAUUGUGCUUGUAAUAGAAAUAUGUUGAUAGGUUAAUAUUCACACAUUGAAUAUUGUUGCACAUUUAGCAUACAUGUAUUUCAUUUCCAACAUAAUUUAAGACUCUUUUCUCAAUCUUGCCUUGAUUACAAGAUGGUGUCAACAUAUAUUUGUUUCUUCUAACAGAGGUUCUCCUGGAAACAUUAAUAAACAAUUAUCUUUAACUUUUUACUUGUUUGGCUUUCGAACCACUUUCAUCUGAGCCGACUGAUGAGUCUUUGUGUAGACGAAAACGUGUCUGGUGGUGUAUCAAAUUAUAACCCUGGUAUCUUUGAUAGACCCUU